UCUCGCCAUGUUGAAUAGAGCAACAAGUGACUAAGAAACUCGAUUUGUUUCUGCGUUUGUUUUCAUACAAGAAGAGCAUCAUCAGUAGAGAUGGAUGCUUUCUUACGAGGACAGAGUUCUACUGCUAGUUCUUCGAAGCUUAAGCAACAAACAGGCGAAGAAACAGCAGGAUCUUCAAACAAAAGGGUUGUUGUUCCUUGGGUUGAAAAAUAUCGCCCAAGAUCUGUGGAUGAAGUUGCUUAUCAAGAUGAAGUUGUGUCAGUGUUGAAAAAAUCUCUAGAAGGAGCUGAUCUCCCAAACUUGUUGUUUUAUGGCCCUCCUGGCACAGGAAAAACAUCCACAAUACUUGCUAUUGCAAGACAGCUGUUUGGACCUGAGCUUAUGAGAUCACGGGUGCUUGAAUUAAAUGCAUCAGAUGAACGUGGAAUACAGGUAGUGAGAGAUAAAGUUAAGAAGUUUGCUCAACUGGCAGCCUCUGGUAUUCGAACUGAUGGUACCCCAUGCCCACCCUUCAAGCUGGUUAUUUUGGAUGAAGCAGAUUCCAUGACACCAAGUGCUCAGGCAGCCUUGAGAAGAACCAUGGAGAAGGAGACAAAAACCACAAGAUUUUGUCUUAUUUGUAACUAUGUGAGCAGAAUUAUUGAGCCCCUGACUUCCCGUUGUUCCAAAUUUCGUUUUAAGCCAUUAUCUACAGAUACUUUAGAGAAGAGACUCAACAUGAUUUGUGAAAAGGAAAAUGUGAAAUGUGAUAAAAAGGCGAUACAAGAAUUGAUAAAGAUAUCAGAAGGUGACAUGAGGAAGGCUAUAACAUACCUACAAAGUGCUCAAAGACUGAAGGGUGAAGACGUGGUAGAAGCUGAUGAUAUCAGUGAAAUAGCUGGGGUUGUUCCAAGUAAAAUGGCAGACAAACUUUUUGAGGCUUGUGGAUCAGACUCAUUUGAAAAACUUGACGCUACAGUUCAGGAAAUAAUAGCUGAGGGUCAUGCAGCUGCUCAGGUCAUCAACCAGGUUCAUGACAGAAUUAUUGAAAUGGCUGACUUAAACGACCAUCAAAAAUCUGCCAUUAUGGAAAAAAUAGCUAUCGUCGACAAAUGUCUUUGUGAUGGAGCUGAUGAAUAUUUGCAAAUUUUAAGCUUGUGUUCCGUCAUGAUGCAACAGUUUUGCCAUGCCGGACAAACAUGAAAAGGUCAGAAAGGAAAAGUUGGAACGGAAACAUUCCCAUCGCCGGUCGCCAUACCGUUUCAGUUGUAUUCUGUAAAUUACUAAUAAAAGGUUUACCCUAUUAAAACAGCUAUACAAUUCUUA